GAAUCUGAAGGCCGUUUGAAAUCUGAAGAAGACCUGGUGUUCUGCAGCCACAGCUGCUUCCUUCUCUACUGUUCCUCAUCACCACUGCAGUCUAGAUCAGCCACAGAAACAAAGGAAUCUGUGUCCCUUCUCCCUGCCUCAGAGCAAAUCGAGAGCCUUUCUAAAGCUCAGCACCAGUACAGUAAUAAAAUGUCAUCGCUGGACGUGCAUUGCCUGGCCCAGCUUCAGCCCAAACAGUCUCCCCCUUCUACCCCUAUCCCUUUCCCCACAGCAGGUGAGACACCAAAGAUGGAGACUAAGUCUGACGCCAUCAAAGUGACAGUGAAGCUGAAGGCCCGGCCAAGGUCCAAUGACUGCUGGAACCAGGGAAAAAGACAGAAAGGACUCCGCUGGAGGAAGUGGACUGUCCAAGUAGUGAUACCGAGAGGGAAUUCCCAACUCCCAGAUGAGGAUAAGAUUGAUGAACUCCUCAAGAAACUCGGGGCCUCCCUGCGUCCCCCUGCUUCUCUGCAGGACCACAGACGUUGCUGUUUCUGCCACCAGUUUGGAGAUGGGAACACCGAUGGCCCUGCUAGGCUGCUUAAUCUUGAUCUCGAUGUAUGGGUUCACCUUAACUGUGCACUGUGGUCAACUGAGGUGUAUGAAACCCAGGCUGGCGCCCUCAUCAACGUGGAGCUUGCACUGCGUCGAGGUCAAGCGGUCCGCUGCGCUUACUGCCAGCAGACAGGAGCCACUAGUGGCUGCCACCGCCUACGCUGCACCAAUGUCUACCAUUUUACAUGUGCCCUGCAAGCUCAGUGCACCUUCUUCAAGGACAAGACCAUGCUAUGUCACGCCCACAGGCCCCGGGGAACAGCAGGACAAGCACUUGAGCACGAGCUACGUUGCUUCGCUGUCUUUCGACGUGUCUACGUCCAAAGAGAUGAAGUGCGUCAGAUUGCCACUGCGGUGCAGCAUCCCGAGUUAGGCUACACCUUUAGAGUUGGCAGCCUGGUGUUGCAGGCAAUGGGUCAACUUACUCCUCUACAAAUGGCAGCUUUCCAUUCCACAACAGCCAUCUUUCCAAACGGCUAUGAGGCUUGCCGCAUUUAUUGGAGUAUGCGCCAUGGCAGCCACCGUUGCCGUUACAUCUGCUCUGUUGAAGACAGCCAGGGACUGCCAGAGUUUACCAUCAGAGUCAUUGAACAGGGCUACCAAGACCUGGUCCUGACUGACACCUCUGCUAAAGGAGUGUGGGACAAGGUUCUGGGUCCUGUUGCUGAGAAAAGAACUGAAUCAGGUACUUUGAAGCUGUUCCCUAUUUACCUGAAAGGAGAGGACCUGUUUGGCCUCACAGUCCCUGCAGUCACCAAGAUCACCGAAUCGCUCCCAGGAGUAGAGGCAUGUGACAGGUACUCGUUCCGUUACGGACGUAACCCUCUCCUGGAGUUGCCUCUCGUGUUCAAUCCAGCUGGCAGCGCCCGCGUCCAGCCAAGGACAAACGCCACCUACUCUUCUCUGGUCAUAAGGCCACAAGCACAGGCUGUAUCCACCAGCAACGCCAGGUCUAACCAGAAUGUGGCCCAAGGAGAAGGUGGCGCCCCCCAUAGCAAGCCUCCAGUAGUGCACCCCAGGUCCUCUCAGUACCGCUGGAUGAAGAGUGAGUGGAGAGCCAAUGUCUAUCUUGCCCGCUCCCGCAUCCAGGGUCUGGGGCUGUUUGCUGCCAGAGACAUUGAAAAACAAACUAUGAUGAUCGAGUACAAUGGAACCAUCCUCCGUAAUGAGGUUGCCAUCAGGAAGGAGAAGCUCUAUAGAUCUCAGAACCGAGAAGUGUUCAUGUUCCGCAUCGACAGUGAACAUAUCGUUGAUGCCACUCGAAACGGGGGGCUGGCAAGAUACAUCAACCACUCUUGUGCUCCGAACUGUGUUGCUGAGGUGGUGACAUUUGAAAGGGGUUACAAAAUAAUCAUCAGCUGCGUUCGCAGGGUUGAAAAAGGCGAGGAGCUUUGUUUCGACUACCAGUUUGACACCGCGGAGGUUCAGCACAAGAUCGCCUGCCACUGUGGAGCUCCUGAAUGCAGGAAGUGGAUUAACUGAGAAAAACAACUGACAAAACCUAAAUGCAUUCCUUACUAAAGUGUGUGGAUGCUGUGAUCUCUGCACAGAGAGAGAAAAGGCUUCACAUUGAAAUCAUUUUAUGAACGAGCAGAAGGCCUGAACCCUCGGAGGAGACGAAUGAAUUUACACAUCGGUUCAUUAAGAUCAUGGGGGGGAAACAUUGGUGGAGGAAGGGAAAACGUAAACACAGUAGCAGGAUGUGACUCGUGCCAUAUGUGAGGGGCUCUGUUGUAUGAGAGGCCUCUGUCUGUCUGUAUGUAUCUGUGUGUUUGCUCGGUGUACAUGGGGUGCGGAAUCCACCAGCGAAUGAGAAAGCACUGUGCAGGGUGCGGCCUUAUUGCUUACUAAGGGCAGGCCCUUUUGUUUCAUACUGUUAAUGUAUACCGUAUGACUAAAUGUAGACAUCACUGAAUGAGGAAUGUACAGCAAUGAAUAAUGCGAAGGGAAUAUUAACUUGCACUAAAAAAAGAAAAUAAACAAAAAAACAACACACACACACACACAAACUUUUAAAAUACUUGAUUCCAUGAGUCAGUUUUAUCAUAGGUCUCUGUCAUGUGAUUUGUGUGGAAUAUGAGAGGUUUUGUAUUUAUUACUGAGUGAAUGAAUUUUAUUCUCAACAUGAUGAGAUUGAGUUGAAGAAGGCUAGAUUGCUAUUGUUUUUGAAGACUGAAGAAGACAUGCUGUUACUUUUGUAUAAAUGUACAUAAAGAAAACUAUAGGAAUAACCGACCAAAUACUACCUUAACCUUCUCGAUGUUUGGGUGUUUUUGAAUUGUUUCUGUUUGUCAUUGAAAUUUAUUUAAGAUGGACGUUAUUUCCGUUUGAGAGUAUAUAUUAUGAUUAUUCUGUACAGAAUUUGUAAUAUAACCACAAUAAUUCACAAAGUAUUUUUGUUGUAUUAAAAGUAAGGUAUUGUAGCGUAUUGUUUUGUGACUUACACAUACUUUGACCACUCAAAAAAAGAAAUAUUUUUGUUGACUAACGUAACAAGUUAUCAGUUACAGAAUCAAAGAAGAAAAAAAUGACUUCAAAUAGUGAGAGAUCAUUGUGGUCUGUUUGCUGUUAAUCAGGUUUGAUUUUAAAGAACUGUGAAUUAGGUUUUGAAACCCAAAAAGGCAAACUUUUUAACUUUUUAACACGAAUAGGAACACAAACAUGUAUUUAUCUGUUUCUGUUUUUACUUUACUUUUAAAACAAGGUGCAAACGUCUGAUGAUGUUUUGAAUUAGACGAGAUUGGUGUGUGACAGAAAGAAUGGGGGAACUCUUAUUUGGAACCAUGGCUUGUUCUGCCUUUUUUGGACAGAAAUGGCAUUCUCCUCAAUCAGAAAUAUUUCUUAUACCGACACUUCACAAGUCACAUGCUUAGAAACGGAAGAGUUUUUGCGUGCACAAUAUCAAGUCGACUGUAAAAUUUUGGAGACAGUCUUAGAACUUGUAAUGUAUAUGGCAUGUAUUUUUUUAACUUUCCGAAGACUCAAUUGUAUAUAUUUUCUCAAUGAAUGGUUGUAACAAAAUUGUUUCUUGAUAUUUUUCUUCUCUUGUAUGAUAUUACAUCAUCCUGCCAGUGUGUUUGUGCUACAUUUUCUUGGUCGUGUAAAGUAGUCAGAUUUUUUUUUUCUGCCUUCCUUCUUUCCUCUCUUCCUUUCCUUCUUUCUUUUUUUGAAAAUGCCUUUUGAAGUGUACAGAGUAUGGAGUUUGUGGAAUUGAAUUUAGAAACAUUUACAAAAAUAAACUAUUUUACAUGUU